AUGGAGAACGAAGAUCGAGUCAUUGCCGCCGUCGAAGCUGAAGUCAUCGCCGAUCGGACCGAACGCUGCUCGAACCUGCCCGUCACCGCCGACCAGACACUCGCCGUGCACAACACGUCCAAGCGGUGCCGUCGACUCGAAAGUGUGGCACAACACGAAAUGACGCACCGAAUGCUCCUUUUAUUCCUAAUCAUUUCGACGCAAUGCUUCGCCUCCGGCUACCUUCAAGAUUCGUGGGCAAUGUUUUCAUCGGAGAAGCCGACCGGCCCGAAGUGCGUCGACAUCCCGUCAAAUUUGAGCAUCUGCAAUGGAAUCGAGUACGCACAAAUGCGACUACCCAAUCUGCUCGAGCACGAGACGGUCCAUGAGGCGAUACACGCGUCCAAGGACUGGGAGAGCCUCCUUCGUCUCAACUGCCAUCCCGACACUCAGCGAUUUCUGUGCUCGCUGUUCGCACCGGUGUGUUUGAUGCAUAUGGAUCGCGAAAUAUUGCCAUGUCGAUCAUUAUGUCUCGCCGUCAAACAGGGUUGCGAAAGCCGCAUGGCCAACUACGGUUUCCCAUGGCCCGAAAUGCUGUCAUGCGACAAGUAUGUCGACGAUGAUAUGUGCAUCAAACCGGUGGCACCGGCUCAGCCCAUCACAGGUGUAUCGACGACGUGCACCGCGUGCUCACAAGUCGCAACAUAUGAGAAUCUCGUCGAUCAGUUCUGCAGAUCGCAAUUGGUGGUCAAAGGGAAAAUUGGAAAGCUGACGAGCACGUCGAUUUCGGUUCGCAACGGUCGCAGUUUGAAGAAAGGCGAUCGGCGACGAAGUGUUCCCGAGACGGAGAUCCGAUUGUCGAUGGAAUCCGAUGGAUGCCCGUGCAAUAUUACGACAAAGGCCAAGAAUGAGAAGCUUCUCGUCAUGGCGAGCCGACAGUCCGAUGGAAAAUACACGGCAAAUCUGAUAUUGCCAUGGAAAAAGGACAAGAACUUCAAACGCGCAAUCCACCAAUUCCAACGUCUCAAUUGUCAAUCUCUCGGACGCGAAAUCCGCGAAAGCGCUUCCCGAAGGCCGCAUUAUUACGAGAUGAGGAGACAUAACACCGGCCGAUACCAGAUGUUCUAA